CUGAUCUGCGAAUGAGGGUUGAACCAGGAUAGAUGUGUUGAUCACUGAAUGGAGAAAGGCAUCUUGCUGUAAUAGGUUUUCCAUUUACAUGAUAGAGGUGAUGGAUGGUGAUUCUGCCCUGGAAGAGUUUGAAUUCAAGGUGGCUUUGCUAAGCAGACGUCUGACUUGUUGAAGUCCUGCCACCCCGCUCUGGUCCCUACGUGCUGAGGUGUGGUGUUCCCGCUGCUUGAACUGGUUAAACUGGACAAACCACAGCCUCUCGGAGCAGGCUCUCAGGCCAUGGCCUCCGGGCUGGCUCCUGCCCUGGCAGGAAGCUGUGCCCACGUGCUUGUCUUCCUCGCCUCCCAGUCUGUUGGCACCAGGCACAGCCAGGCAGGAGCAGGGGAUGGCUGUUGACAGGGCAGUCGGUGUCUGACUCUGGCCUGCUCUAGAAACACUAUUCCAGAGUCUUCCCAGCUCUUGGCUGGCAUCCUGCAAUGGACUGGGAUUCUAGACCAAAUUUUAGGACCCUCAUUCUUGGUGGCCAGAAAGCACAGAACCAGAUGCAGCUGUGGAGGAAGAUGGUGGAGAAAGUGACCCUGGAAACAGAAGGGGAAUUCUUAUAAAUCACAAAGGAAAAUAAAUAACUUCACUCAUGGAGGGAAAGAGACAGCUUGAGAAAAGGGACUUUGGAAAAAGGCUGUCUCUAGAUAGCAGUCUUGUGGAAUACAUGGACUCCAACAAAUACAUUGAACAUCUGCUGACUCAACUUGAGGAGCAACACAGAAGUCUCUGGAGGGAGAAGUUGGCCGUGGCCCGACUGCAGAGAGAAGUUGCCCAAAGAAGAAGUGAGGGGGCCAUGCAUGAGAAGCUGAUACAUGAAUUGGAAGAGGAGAGACACUUACGUCUUCAGAGUGAGAAGCGCUUGCAGGAGGUGACACUGGAGUCCGAGAGGAACAGAAUUCAGAUGCGUGGCCUGCAGCAGCAGUUCUCCAGGAUGGAAGAAACAGUACGAAAUCUACUGCAGAGUCAAGGACCUCCAGAACAGAAAAAAGAAGACACUGUUAAUAUCAUGGUCUAUCAGGAAAAACUGUCAGAGGAAGAGAGAAAACACAAGGAAGCUUUGGAAGACCGUCACAUGGUGGUAGAUGAGGAUUCAAGGAGUGAAGGCAGCAGUGCAGAUGAGGGGAAAGAAAAGACCAAAUUGCUGUUAGAAAGAUUGAAGGCUCUAGAGGCAGAGAAUUCAGCGUUGGCUUUGGAAAAUGAAAAUCAAAGGGAACAGUAUGAGAGGUGUCUUGAUGAGGUAGCCAACCAAGUUGUGCAAGCUCUGCUCACUCAAAAGGAUCUAAGGGAGGAAUGUGUAAAGUUGAAAACGAGAGUGUUUGAUUUGGAACAACAGAAUCGAACGCUAAGCAUCCUUUUCCAACAGCGAGUCAGACCAACUUCUGAUCUGCUCCUCCAGAAACUUCACUCACGCAUCUUAGAUCUUUCAACCGGGGAUUUGCUCUCAGAUGUGGAAAGAAGCCGGAGUCUGACGCACUCACGAACUGAUGUUGAAAUGCACGAAUGCCAGCUGAACACAAAAUCAGGAACCCCUGCUUUGAAACGCCCUGGCAUGGGGGUUGCCAUCCACGGUCAUCUCUGUACUCGAAGCAGCUGUAGCAGCAGCGAGCUGUCUCUCUCGAGCGCCUGCAGCGAAUACUCCAGCGGCUCCUCCUACACGUGGCAUGAUGGGAAGAACCUCAGGAAAAGGCAGUCGUCACAAAAUUGGGACAAAAGGUUAAGUAUUGACUCUUCACUCCCGAGUGGCUUUGCUAGUCCCACAGAUGAACUACCUCCGACUCGCAUCAAGGAAAGCCACAUUUUGGAAGGACUCAGAAAGCUCCAGAAGCGAAAAGUGUUACUUGAACCCCCAUCAGUGAUAACCAAAUGGGGUUAUAAAGAUUGCAUGAACUCCAAUGAAGGAAUCUAUUCGCCAGGAAUUAAAAGUAGCAGCCUCAAGGAAUAUCCCCCCUGCAAACCCACAGACACGGGGAACCCCUGCAAGGAGCCCCACAAGGCAUUUGCUUAUGACACAGAUUCUCACGACGAUGCCGAAGAGGACCCUUCCUCCUUAGCCUCGCUCCAGGCAGUUCCACACCAGGGCUGCAGGCUGCACGGUUGUGAAUUAACCCACAGUGUUUCUGACAGUCUCUUUGGCUGGGAGCUGAAUGGCAAACACUGUUCAGAAAUCACUUCCUCGGUCUACCCCUGGGAAAGGCCUGAGAAGCUGACCAGUUGUGCUAGCAACUGUCCCUUGGAGCGGAAGCAGUGCCCAAGUGCGCAGGGGCCUCAGGUACAGAGAGAGAGGGACCCGCACAGCCAGGGCUGCCUGUCUGUCAAUCUCCAGCUCUCAGACACUGAUGACACCGAAACCCUGGAUGAGCUGCACAUAGAGAGCAGUGAUGAGAAAAGCCCUUCAGACGUGUCUUUGACUGUGGACGCCGACAAGUCCGUGGAGAACCUGGACGUCCAUGUGGGAUUUGGAAGAUCUCAACGUGGGUCUCCUGAGGAGGAAGAAAAACAAGUGCCCGUCCACUUCGAGAGCAGGCCAAAGACGUUUAGUUUCAUUAAGCAGCAAAGGGUUGUAAAACGGACUUCCUCAGAAGAAUGUAUUACUGUCAUAUUUGAUGCAGAAGAUGGCGAGCCCAUUGAGUUCAGCUCUCACCAGACUGGCCUGGUCACUGUUACCAGAAAGGAGAUUUCCAUCCAUCAGGCCCCUGCUGGGCCCCAGACAGAACACACUGAACUUUUACCUCAGGGAAUUGCUCACUUACAGCCAGGGGCUGCUGCUAGAGACUACCCUUUCUUGAAGAGAUCUGAAGAAGAAACUGAGAGAAACAUUCCAAGACAAGAAGUGGAUGAUGUUGCCGUGACACCCACUGAAUCCUUCCACCCCAGGACUGUGACGCAAAGCACUCAGCGACAAAGACUGACCAAACCAACACACGCUACGUCAUGCCAGAGUCAUUCUAGGUCCUCUGUGGCCACGGGCAUCUAUCAGAAGAAAAGUCUGACAAAAAUACCUACCAGGGGCAAGUCUUCACCUCAGAAAUCGAGGAUAAUGGAGCCUGAAGCCUCCCUCAUGGUCCCCUCAGCUGGCCCAGUGACUCUUGAGAGAUCACCAGCUCCAGGGAAACUCUCACGGUUCAAAAAGUCUGAAGGCCCAGAGCCCCUCUUUGCUUUACCGCCAGAUUCACACAUUCCAAAACCCUCCACCCAGCUCCCUCACGGCUCCAAAAUGUUCAGCAGAAGGGACUGGGUCCAGUACUCCAGGAGUCAGAUUCCAGCGUCACAGCUGCUGCCAAGGCCCCCUGCCGAGCCGAGUGACGAUGGCGAGCCCCCCACGAGGGAUAAACACUGUGACCCGGGGCCAGAGGCCGGGGUGAGAUCGCCCUCCCUGCCGUCCCCUCCAGGCAGGUCGGUCUCCCUACUCGCCAGGCCCAGUUACGACUAUCUGUCGCCCCCUUCGUGGGCCAAGCCAGAGAGCGGGGUCCCCAGUGAGGCGGCGAGGACAGUAUUGAAAUCCCCCCCUCUGAAAGGAUCCUCUGCUCCAAUUAUUUAUUUUAAUCAGACCGUGACAGAAGUGCAGGGGAAGAAACCUUCUGUGGCCUUCAAAAAGCCAGUCUUCACUCCCCCUCCGCCCUCCACAGAAACAGCAAUCCAAACCAGAUGCCCUGCUCACAGCCCCUCCAGCUCGUUUGCUGGGAUGGCCCCAGGGCCUCCAAAGGUCUCUCCAAAGAGAAGUGUCCCCAAAACCCCACCUCACCAGACACUUGGGACCACACAAACGGACAUAGGGUUACGGACUCCCAAGAACUGUCCUUCUACCCGUGAGCCACUGGAAAUACCGUCUCCCAAAGGUGUGUCUCCAGCAAGAAAAGGACAGUUGAAUGACAGUGUCUCCACACCCCCCAAGCCCUCCUUCUUAGGGGUAAAUGAGUCACCAUCAUCUCAGGUUAGCAGCCCCUCGUCAUCAGCACCCUCCAAAAGCCACAGCACCCCGCAGGGUUGCCAAAACCCUCAGGAGAGAGGACUGAAAACUCGCCUCCCCGUUGGGCUCAAAGUCUUCAUGAAGUCUCCCCAGUUGCUCAGGAAGAGCUCUACAGUGCCAGGGAAACAUGAAAAAGACAGCCUCAACGAAGCCUCGAAAAGUUCCGCGGCUGUGAGCAAGGAUAAGCCAGGGACCUCCAGGAACGCCAGCAGCCUUGAGACCACGGGAGGCGAAAGAAAUGUGUCUCCACUGGGUUUACGAGCACAGGAGAGUUUGGCCGAAGGGCUUCCCCUGGAAACAGCAACGCCAGAGUCACUGGAAAGUAGCACGCCUGGGGCUGAUGGAGAAGAUGCGGUAGAAAACAAGUCUGUGAAGAGAUCCCUGUCCUCCAACAAACCGCUGCUAAAACCAGCUCUAGGCAUGAACGGAGCCAAAGCCCGCAGCCAGAGUUUCAGCGCUCACUCAGGGGACAAGCCCCCCACGGCCUCCGUGGAAGGGCCAGGCAAGGUCCGGACUCAGAUUAUUACCAACACUGCUGAGAGGGGCAACUCCCUCACCCGGCAGAGCUCCUCCACGGAAGGCUCUCCCAGCAAGACCGCGUCUGCCCCGGUGUCUGACGGUCUCCCUGGUGCUGGGAGGCCCCUGGGGCAUCCUUCCUCCAGGCAGGGCUCCCUGGGGAGUACAGGCAGCUCCAGCAGCCAGCACGGGAGUCCAAGCAAGUUGCCUUUGAGGAUCCUUCCAAAAUCCGAAGGGCCCCUCGCCCCACCUGGAACAGAAGAGCAGCCGGCCUACGCCCAGGGAGAAGGCGUCAGGGUGACUGCACCAGAGGAAGCAGGCAGCGACCACGGCAGGUGCCCGUCCACCCCAAAAGACGGCCUGGGAGCCCCUCAGAGUCCGGGGAGGACACGGCAUCCCAGCAGUUUUGAAACCAGCAGGACCUCCAAGCUAGAAACUUCUGGAAGGUAUCCAGACACGUCUACAACCAGGACCGGUGCUGUGAGCCCAGAAGCCCCCCUCUCACCCACAAUCGAAGAAAAGGUCAUGUUGUGCAUUCAGGAAAAUGUGGAAAAGGGCCAAGUGCAAACAAAGUCCACCUCUGUGGACGCGAAGCCGAAGCCCGGGCCUUCUUUUGCCAGCUGGUUCGGUUUUCGGAGGAGCAGACUGCCGGCUCUCAGUAGCAGGAAGAUGGAUGUCUCCAAAACCAAAGCAGAAAAGAAAGAUGCAAAAGGUUUGGGGUUUGGAAACAAACAGCUAAAAUCAGAGAGAAAGAAAGAGAAAAAGAAGCCUGAGCUACAAUGCGAGAUGGAAAAUGAACUUAACAGGGACAUCGAGCUGGCAGAUGGUCCAGACAGUGGUUUACAAAACAGAAAUAACCUGAAAACACCGCCAGACAUUUAUGACCAAGUGAAGUUUGUAUCGAGAAAUAGACCCAGCCCUGUUCCGUGUGCAACGAAAGAUACCUUUAUGACGGAACUCCUAAACAGAGUUGAUAAGAAAGCAGCUCAACAGACUGAAAGUGGAUCAAAUAAUGUUUCCUGCAGGAGCGUGUUAAAGGGCAGCUCCCAGGGCUCUUGUGUCACCGGCAGCUCUAUCGGCACUCAAGGAACCCACAAGAAGAACGUCAAAACCAAAGCAGAUACGGAAAUACCGAAAGGCUCCCUGAUAAAAGAGGCAAAUGAACACUUGCAAGAGGAUGAAGAAGAUACAGUUGCAGAUUCUGCAUUUCAGAGCCAUACCAUAGAAACGAACUGCCAGAUGAGGACACUGGACAGUGGGAUUGGAACCUUCCCGCUCCCAGACUCAGGAAACCGCUCAGCGGGACGGCACCUGUGCCAAGCUGACUCCCCCGAUGACACUGAGCCCCUCCUGUCUCUCCAGCCAGCCCUUUGUGCAGCUUCUUCCAUAAGAGCCCAGACCCUUGAACGAGAAGUGCCUUCCUCUGCAGACAGCCGGGGAUCUAAAGACAACGCCAUUGUUCAUUCCACAUCCGACCCCAUCAUGACUGCCAGAGGGAUGCGACCUCUUCAGAGUCGCCUCCCCAAGCCAGCCUCCUCAGGAAAAAUCAAUUCCCAAAUGCAGAGUGAAGCCAAGCCAAGGCCUCAGACUUGUUCGUCAUUCGAAUACGCUGAAAACACGACGGCAGUGGAGAGCAAGCCACUUCUAGCCUGGGUGGGGGACGGCGCUGCUGCGGAGACCCAGAGAACACGUGCCAGAGGAGGCGGGACUCCUUUACAGACUUGCAAGUUACCCGAGGACAGUCAAUCCUCACGCUGCUCUAGCGAAGCAGGUAAAUUGCAGUUAGAUGUUAAAAGAAGGAAAAACAUCGUCAGCAGGUGUUCGGGGUCCCUGGGGGACCUCAGCGUUUCCUACUUGCCUAAAAAGCACAUUGUGACAUUUGGAAAGGGCCCCUUGCCAGGACCCUUCCACAGAAUGGUUCAGACUAAGAAGAGUAACAUAAAUCUCAGGAAUAGAAAGCCUAGGUCAGUAGAAGGAGCUCUGUUGAAGAAAUAGGGUCAGUGGGGAAAAGAAGGAGCUCGGUAUUCAGGGGAUAUCUUUCUAGAGGUAAUUAUUAAAGUUUGCAAAAAGAGAAUGGGAUGUGCAAAGCUUUGAGGUGUGGGGAGAAAGGAGGCAUGGAUUCUAAUUAUUUUGCAUAUUUUGUUCUCAGACUUGAAGAAGAAGGACAGAGACCAUUUCUAAUAUUCCCCCGUCCCAACCACCCCUCCUUAACCAGCCAGAAACCUACAAAUAUAUCCGUACUGUACAACCAAGCAGAUGACCUCAGGGAAAAGAGCAGGGUUCCUUCCUAACCAGCAACCAGGAAUUUUGCCAGGAAAAUGUCAAGCCUCGUUCAGCAAAUCACACAACUGGCUCUCCUCUGUGAACUUCUUAGAACCCAGAAACCAAGUCAUGGGCUAUUUGGCCUGAUGUGUUGGACAUGCCCAUAGUUGGGAGUUAGGACACCCGGGUUCUAGUGAAUAGACUUUGUGACCCUGGACCAAUAAUGUUAGCUUUUCUGAGCCUUCGUUCCAUCUGCCAUCCAGGGCCCACCUUGCCUUCUUCUCGUGAAAUAGUUCAGAUUUGAUUAUUGAUGCCACAAGGCCUCCAACCCGUAGAACACUAAAUAAGCAUGAGUGGAAUUAUGUUAAACAUGCUGAGGGAAAGAACAAAUCCUGGAAUUUAAGGUUGAGGUAUUCAGAGGAGGGGAGGGGAGCACAGGGACCUUGCAAACCGUGGGCCAAAAUAAUGUGAAGCUGCAGCCUCAGAAGGGUAAACCCACCUCAUAACUUAGCCAGGCUUAUAUACAGUUUCAUUAAGGGAAACGCCAUAUUCUCUUUAUCUGUUGUUAAAAUUCAGUCUAAGUAAGAAAGAACUGAUUCAACCUUCCCUGAAACAAGCCCAGUAGCCUCCUCCUUCCUUAUUAUUUAUUUUCACAGUAAGUAGCAAUACCCCAAGCUGUCACUCAGCAUCAUCGUUUCCAGAUUCAGUUACAUGGGGCCCAAGAGAUAUGGUGAGGCUGGAUCAGGUGGGGGAAAGUUCCAUUUAUACUCAGACCAGGAAUUGUAUUAUAAAUGAAUAAAUCAGCACACUCUUUAAGGAAUUUAAUUAGAAAAGGAGACAGCAUCCUUUCCAUGGUAUUGGCCAAGCUGGCUCUCAGUCUUGGGCAGGCAGAGAAGGUUAGUGGUUGGCUCCCAGCCUCCCGGCCAAUCAGCUUACUUAUUUGUUUAUGAACCUCCAGAGGCAUCAUAAACAGUGUUUUCUUCCACCCUCAUCUUUUCACUUUUUUAAAAACUUCCCUUUUAUCUUGGUUUGUUUGACCCAUCCUAUGCUAUAAUUAUAAUAUAUCACAUUGGCCCUUUUCAUCCUGGAAUGUUCCCUCUGCCAGAAACCUCCAGGUAUCUUCCUGAAUUUGAUGAGGAUUCUGUAGAAGGAGAGGUGGCGGGAUCAGUAUUUUGAGGGAAGACCUAAAGCUAUGCUGGCAUCGUUCACUGCACCACAGCGCCCACGAAAUCUUUGAGACGUGCACAAGGGCUCAGAUACCCAUCCUGGAGCGUGCAUGUGCCUUCUUGGACCGUAACUUACUGAGUGAUCUUGAGCAAACAUCUGUCUUGCCCUCAUGCAGCCAAUCCCGAGCUGGAUGUCUUCCGGAUAGCCCCCACCCCACCCCCCA